GGCGUCGUCGCCAACUUCCUCAUCGAUUUUGGGGGUGAAAUGCCCGCGCAUCCCCACGGAAAUCACAAAUUUCAGAUUCGUGGCGGCGUACGCUGCUAGACACCGCGAGGUUUAGUUAUCAUCUCUGCCACAUAUCAAUAUAAUCGAAUACGAAUGUGGUCCGACACCAUAACGGAUCGCGGUUUCUAUCACUGAAGAGGUCGUUUUAAAAUGUCCGAAACGCCCGUCCCCAACUUCCGCGUCUCCCGUUCGGCUUGGACAGUGAUGAAAGUUUGAUUUCUCCACAGAGUGAACCGUUUUAACCUAGCCAUGGUGAAAUAGUGAUAGUGAUGGCUGGCCAGACCUCAUGAACAUGUUGUUCGGUUACGGGGGACCGGGCCCCCCGCGUGGGGCCCCCUUUCUGACUCUGGUUUUCCUCCUGUAUCUGUCUGCGAGCGUCACAGCGGAAAAGAGUAAAUACUAUUCCAUGCAAUCCUUAUGUAAGAAUCAUUUUCUACAACAGUUGUACAGGAAAAUAGACGGAGCAGUCCUCUGGUCCCAGAACGAACGCAACCUGGACUGCUUCAUCACUUUUCAGACACAUUCCAUUUUGCAACGAUUCAUGCUUCGCUUUGAUUUUCUUCAGUUGGACUGCAACGAUCACCUUUAUAUAUACGAUGGAGCACACGCAGUCGGUACAUACAAGUUCGACCUGUCGUGCAAGAAUACGAAACAAAAUUUGGGGGCCAUGUUCACAAGGACGAACUACGUAACCCUCAAAUAUGUAACAGACGCCUGGGGAACUGAAUCCAACGGGUUCAAGUUGGUCAUCACUGCCGUUAAGGAUCCAAAACACGCCUGCACAGAAUUUCGUUGCAACCUUAGGGAAUUUUGUAUCGCGACGGACCUCGUCUGUGAUAAUGUCAACCACUGUGCCGAUGGUUCAGAUGAGUUAUCACCAACUGUUUGUCAGAAUAACGAAAAUUCUACCAUCCUGGGCAUGGAGCUGACAUGGUUUGUGGCCGCCCUGAUCAUGGCUCUGCUGUUAUUGUUAGUGUGUAUAGUCGGUAUCGCCAUAUGCAUAUGCCGCUGGGGCUGGAACGGCAGAAUGGGAAACGGAAAUGUCCAACAGCAGAACGCCUCCUAUUCACUUCAGCAAAUGUACGGCUCCAACGGGGCGAUGAAACAAGGGAGUACGACGACGUUGACUGGCGUCCAGGGAAACUGGUGGCACCCUGCGGGCCCGCUCGGGUUCCGCCGCAACAGCAGCACGCCGGCCCGGGCCCUCCUCUACUGCCUGGCAAAUUGAGACCGGGCCAGCUACAGCCUAACGGAGGCGGUGGGCCGGACAAGGACCACGUCUCGCAGCCGGCUCAGAAAGACGAGUGGUUCGUCUAGCAGUAGAGGUGGCCGGGUCGUGGCCUGCAGGGUGAGUCGAGCGAAGAACCCAACGCUCGGCAUCUGAAGCAACCACGAAACCAUGUGACACGUUUAAAGUAAGGACUUUGUCUAAAAAUUUCUAGCUAAUUACGAGAGUAAAAUUAUGAGUGCAAUUUCUGUGAAUCUUCCUCCGAGCAUCGCUGAUUGUUGUAUUACGGAUGUGAAAAUGAAUUAUUCUUAGAUGUUAAAAAAAGGAAUGUGUUUGGAAUUGGAUGCACCCAGGUAGAUCCAUUAUCAUUCAGUGGAUCUAGUACUGUCGGUUGAGCAAAACUAGGAACGAUAAUAAGAAACUCCUGUUUCAAUUUUUUUCCUACUAAUUUAAUUGAUGCUAUGACAACGAUGUAAAAUAAGAGAUCCAGUCUUCAACGUCCUUUUCUCCGCUUAUAAUGAAAAGAGCGGUACUAAGUCAUCCUAGGUAUAAAUUCUUGUGUAAAAGACAAUACCUAAGUAGUUAUUUACUGCGAAUAACAUAGAGAAGGCGAAAAUGUAUAGGUUAGGGUAGCGAAAUAUUUAGUGUAACUUUGUUUGGUACAGUGUACACGGAGCUAUUCACGCGUUGGUAACAUCAAAGUCGCCUUUGAAAGCGGCAUUGUUUGAAUGCUUCCGGCUCCGGAUUGUCGAUUUUGGUCGGUUCGUUUCAGGAAGCAUUGAAAAGAUCCGGAAUUAUUCGAAUUGUUUCUGAUGCUUUAGAACAACAUGAAUUUGUUUCGCUUUGAGUUCGUUCUAUUGGUAUUCUCUGUGGGAAUUCCGAAAUUUGCCAACGUUUCAUCGUCUUUGAUGCAGGAUCAUUUCGAUAAAGGUUCAUUAACACAUAUAUGAUAUGACAAUGAACCAUAAAUUCAUUGAAUUCUGUUAGCUGAAGACGAAUUUAAGUUAAUGACGAAUGUCAAUGUUUUGGCGUCAGAAACUAUUGAGUAUUAUUCAAAAGUUUUCAAUGAAUACCUUGAGGCAUGGGCGGCUCGUACGAGGAGACAAAGGAAGCUAAGCUCCUUCAAAAAAAAAUUCAGACGCCUGGACAAAAUAUUGUGAUGAAAAUCAUCCGCUCCAAUCAAGUAAAAAUCCAACAUCACAUAUAAUGGCUACUCUAGGUACUUUCAUAAUAUUAUAAGACAUCAAUAAUUGCGAAAAUAUUGUACCUUGGAUUUUGAGAAAUAAUUUUAGUCAUUGAAAUCUCCCUUGCAAGUAAUUACUGAAACCUCCUUCCAGGUUUUUAAUGUAAGUACUUUAAAAUACAUAUAUUCUAGAAACUAUGUUGAAUAAAGUAUAUUUUAUCGACUGAGGAGAUUUGUCCCCUCGGUUCAAAUGACCACGAGCCGCUUCUGUCUUUAGGAACACAGUAACGCAAUAUACCGGUUGGCCCACCCCAGACGUGACGCUCAUUUUGAGGGAGUAAAUGAAGAUAUUGUGAAAAUAUUUUCAAGUGGUAUAUGUAGGGUGUUCAAUAGCACAAUUUUAAAUUAUUGUCAUAUAUACAGGGUGUUCGAAAACAAAGAUAUAGACCAAAGUUACACUUAUUUGAAUGUAACAUCUUGUAUUUACCUCAAAAAUUAAAUGGCAAGCUCAAAUUAUGAUGAGUUUCUUCAGAUUAUAUUAUACCUCAGAAGCACCCUUUACGAGAUAAUUGCGAAAAAUUGAAA